GUUUCACUGGUAGAAAGUCAGGUAUUAUUUGGCGCAAUAGUAGAUGGGCUGCAACGUUUUCAGCAACGUGGAUGCUCGGGCAUCUAAACCGUGAUGUAAAGUGGACAAUUUACGGAAGACAUCCACAAAAUGAAGACACUAGUGUGCCAUGGGGUUAUCGGCAUUAUCGUUAUUACCAUGGGUACCAUUCUUAUGGUUGUGUACAACAACAGCUUCACCGACACGUCAGAGUUUCACUCAGAGAAGCCCGGGAAAGCGCAGCCUAAACCACCAAGAGCCCUAUCAUCAACUCUAGAGGGCUACACUGGACUCAUCAAUCAACAGCCUCUGAGGAUGCACUGUAACUGCUGUGCCCUGGUGUCCAGCUCCGGCCACCUUACUGGCAGCAACCGAGGAGACGAAAUUGACCGCACCGAAUGCGUCAUCCGCAUGAACAAUGCCCCGAACGGAAACAAUUUCAAACAGGAUGUGGGCCGGCGCACUAGCCUGCGCGUCAUCGCCCACUCCAGCGUGCAGAGGGUGCUGCAGAGACGGCAGGAGCUGCUCAACACCCACCAGGACUCUGUCUUCCUCUUCUGGGGACCCACCAGCUCCAUGCGGCGCGACGGCAAGGGCAGGGUCUUCAACAACCUGCGUCUGAUCAACCAGCUACUUCCCAAGCUCAAGGUCUACGUCAUCUCCCCCCUCAAGAUGCUGGAGUUUGACGAGCUCUUCAAAAAUGAAACGGGAAAAGACAGGAAGACCUCUAAAUCGUGGCUGACCACUGGCUGGUUCACCAUGGCCAUUGCCCUGGAACUGUGUGACAGGGUCAAUGUCUAUGGCAUGGUGGCGCCGGACUUCUGCAGUACUCCCUCUCAUCUCUCGGUGCCGUAUCAUUACUAUGAGCCCUCUGGCCCAGAUGAGUGCUCCCUGUAUCUCUCCCACGAGCACAACCAUAGCGGCGGCCACCACAGCUUCAUCACGGAGAAAACGGUGUUCGCCAACUGGGCCCAGAAGUAUGACAUCCACUUCUACCAGCCAGACUGGCGCCCGUCCUCCACUCUCAAUGGAAGCAGCUCACACACACCUGCUACAGCUGUCUCCUGAUACCAGAUAAACAGUCAGACAGACAGACAGAACGGUCCACAGGACCAGUGGCGACCCGUCAUUCAGGGCAGGUGGGGAAGAGCACCACCUGUUUUGAGCCCCACCUGUUUAGCAAAAAAAGGAUUAUACAUUUUUUCCUCCCCCUGUUUGCAUGUUGUUUUGGCAUUAAUACGUGUCACAUAUCAGUUUCUAAACAAUGUAAAAAAAUAAAAAUAUAAUUGAGUUAAUAA